ACCAAACGCGCCACAUAUGCAUUGCCAAAAAGAACGUUUGCUGAAACGGUUUCGCACGCCCUCACACAGGAAACAGCUUCCCUACUAAGUAAACCAGCACACAAAGUACAAAGAGUUGAAAUGGAACAACCGGCGCUGAUGGAAGAAAUAUUGAAGACUCUGAAGACAAUUGCUGCACCGCGAGUAAAUACAACAGGAAGAUGUUUCAACUGCGGAAAAGCAGGUCACUUUGCCCGAAAUUGCAAUAUAAAAGUAAACCCAUCAAAACGGAAACAACCAACAGAUAACGAGGACGGAGCAUCCACAUCUCACAAAUCGUUAAACUAAAACGGAACAGUUCAAAGGGGCGUGAGCUGGUUCCCACAACUAUUUGCCCCGCCAUCUCGAUAUCACAAAUAGGUCGCCAUGACAACAAUCUUACUAUCAAUGGCAUCGUAAAUGGACGACUGUCAACGCUUACUUUGGAUACUGGUGCCACACAUUCAAUUAUCCGACCGGAUGUGGUAAGAGGAACAGUUGAACCAUUAGUCGAUUGCAAGCUUCGAACGGCCACCGGGGAGGAAGCAGCUGUCACGGGAAAAGUGUUUUGCGAAGUGAUGAUUGGUACCCUGGAAGUUAAUCACACCUUCAUCGUAGCAGAAAUCACGGAUGAAAUUAUAAUGGGAGUAGAUUUCAUGAUUGAUCACGGGGUUACUUUGGAUUUAAAUAAGCAAAUGCUGUUUUGCCAGAACAUGGAGAUGCCUAUAAACACCGGAUAUGUGACCAACGUUGAAAGUAAGAGGGUGAUUGUUGAUGAUAAUCAGAGUAUUCCACCAAAAUCUGAGGCGAUAGUAUGGGCCAAAGUGAAUGCAGGAGGUGGGACUGAAGAGUUGUGGAUUGUGGAACCAACAAAAAUAGAUACACCCAUAUUGGUAGGAAGAACGCUUGUGAAAGCUAGAGAAGACGCCACCAUUCCGGUCAGAGUAGUGAAUGAAUUCAACACGCCUAUAAGUCUGAAGAAAGGAGCAGUAAUUGGACAGUGCCAGAAUAUAAGUGCAAUAGCACGAUGCGAACGGUCACAACAGAAGCCUACUAUUGAACCACAACAGAUAAGUCCUACACUCCUAAAUAAUUUGCUGAACGAACUGCAUGGAAAUGAAAAAUUAAAAGCAGAAAAACUAUUAGAAAAAUACGCAUCCAUAUUUGCAAACGAGGGAAACAACACAGGAAGAACCGGCAUUGUCAAACAUCGCAUAAAUACCGGAGACGCUAAACCAAUCCGACAAGCUCCGCGUAGGGUUCCACUAGCAAAACGUGAGGAUGCUAACAAAAUUAUUGAAGACAUGCACAAAAAUGGUGUAAUCGAACCUUCAAUAAGUCCAUGGAGCUCACCUAUCGUCUUAGUCAAAAAGAAAGAUGGUAGAAAUACUAAGGUGUUGGUCUGUGACAAUGAGAGAUCUUUGAAUUCAGAAACCAUUAAAUCUAUACUCAAAAAUCACUUUGGCGUCGAAAUCUACAACACCCCACCCGCCCAUAGUACGACGAACGGUCAGGUAGAAAGAUUCCACAGUACCCUCACGGAAAUCGCCCGCUGUCAGAAGCUUGAGACUGGUAUCGCUAACACAAUUGAGCUAAUUCUGCUACGCACAGCUAAGUAUAACCGCACAAUUCAUUCAGUAACGAACAAAAAACCAAUAGACGUAAUACGUUCAACACCGGACGAAUUAAUAAGGGAAAUAAAAACUAGACUUACACGUAUUCAGCAGAAGAGCAGAGAUUUACAAAAACAUAAUGAAAAUAGACAAACACGACAGAUCAUGCUGCUUUCGUUAAGCUUUCGAGCUAACGCGGAAAUACUUGACUAUACCAACUCUUAUUACAUUCCAAUUACAUCCGGAGCUGUAGCUGUUUAUGAGCAGCAUGACUUUCUACUUCAUAGAACUAAUUUAUCAACAUUCGAAGCAAUAGCUGAGGAGACAAACGAACUACUGAUCCAAUUCCCACAAUCACAUGUUAAACGACUAUUAGAGAAUGACGCCAAUGAAAUAUUGCAACUAUUGGACGCAAUAAAAAUACACCAUCGGUACGCUAGAGGUAAAUUGUCGGACGAUGAGGAUGACGAGGAAGAGCGAAAUGGCAUAGAUUUUGAGGAAGAAAUAAUUGAGGAUUUAUUAGAGGAAGAGGAAUCUUCCCCACCCGAAGUUCUGCCAUAA